AGUUGUAAUAAAUAAUUCACACGCUGCCUACAUACAAGAUUCUCUUACCUCUUCCAGAUCGAAAAGCUCCACCACUUCUUCCAACAAUGGCGAAGGUCCAGAAAUCACAGUCCUCGGUUUUCGUCGAGCCGGUCUAUUCAUCAGUUAUUACGCUGCUCAUCAUAGUUAUGGCUUGCGCGGAGCUCUGCGACGCCGUCACAGUGGUCGACGUGUACCGCCUCGUCCAGUACGAUAUCGCCGGCGUGCCUUUCGGGUCGCGGUUCGCCGCCCUUAACCACCACGCCGGUUCCUCGAUAUAUUCCUCUUCCCACGGGGCGGUCGCCGAUCUUUCCCGCACCGUGCUUAUUCUACCUGUCCGCGAAUUGAAUCUCACUUUCAUUAGAGAUUAUAUUGGACAGAGGAAGCCAUUAGGUGGUCUUUUACUCCUGCUUCCCCAAGUUUUCAAUCCACAACACUUGAACAAGAGUGGUGGAUCUGAUCAGGACUCUGCACACCUUGUGAAAAAUGUGUUGGAUGAAGUGGAACAGUUGCUUAUACAUGAAAACAUCCCUUAUCCUGUUUACUUUGGUUUUGAAGAUGAGCAUGUUAGUGCUAUGCUUGAUGAUGUCAAGAAGAAUGACGCCUCUGGUCAGCCGGCGACUGCAACAACUGGCGGUUUUCCAAAUCUUUUGGUAUGUCAGGGAUGGCUUCCAGGAUUAAAAGCCGAUGGAGAUUCUAAUCAAAUACCAACUAUAGCUAUUGUGGCAGCGUAUGACACAUUUGGAGCUGCACCAGCAUUGUCCGUGGGAAGUGAUAGCAGUGGAAGCGGUGUUGUGGCUCUUCUCGAAAUUGCUAGACUAUUUUCAAUUUUGUAUUCAAACCCUAAGACAAGAGGAAGAUAUAAUUUACUCUUUGCGCUGACAUCUGGAGGACCUUAUAACUAUAAUGGAACUCAGAAGUGGCUUCGUAGCAUGGAUCAGCGUUUGCGUGAGACUAUUGAUUAUGCUAUUUGCUUGAAUAGCAUUGGCUCUUCUAGCAAUGAGUUAUGGCUGCAUGUGUCCAAGCCUCCGGAAAAUGCCUACAUAAAACAAAUUUUUGAGGGUUUCUCUAGUGUGUCCGAAGAAUUGGGGCUAAAAGUUGGUCUGAAACACAAGAAGAUUAACAUCUCUAAUCCUCGAGUGGCAUGGGAACAUGAGCAAUUUUCGAGACUGAGAGUCACGGCAGCAACUCUCUCUAAACUCCCUGUUGCACCCGAUUUCCUGGAAAAUACUGGCAGCCUGUCAGAUAACAGGAAUUUUAUUAAUGAAGCUUCGAUAAGUCGAAGUGUCAAAUUAGUUGCUGAAAGUCUUGCUAGACAAAUUUACGGUCAGGAAGGGAAAAACAUUGAUAUAUUUGCAGAUCAUAGUAGUUUAUCUAUAAAUCCUUCUUAUAUACGUUCGUGGGUAGAAUUUUUGUCGACAACACCUCGAGUGGCUCCAUUUCUAUCAAAAGAUGAUCCUCUUAUUGUGGCACUUAAAAAGGAGUUAUCGGACCACACUAUUGAAGUGAAUGUACAACAGGAACCAUUAGAUGGGGUGUUCACUUUUUAUGAUUCAAUAAGCGGCAAGCUACAUAUCUAUCAGGUUGCAAGCGUGACUUUCGACUUGCUUUUGCUGCUUGUUCUAGGAUCAUACUUGAUUCUGCUUUUCAGCUUUUUGGUUAUCAUCACCAGGGGUGUUGAUGAUUUGAUUAGUCUUUUCCGGCGUCCAGCUUCCCGCAAAGUCAAAGCAGCUUGAUUUCGUUGUAGAUUAAUUUACUUUUGCACCUGUGAGUUGAAGCUUUUGCACUGGUACACCCUUGGUUGGUUAGUUUGUAGCAUUUUCACGAGGCUUUCGUUCAUUGCCUUUUCCAAGCAAAAAAUUUUGUUUAGCCUAGCUUUUAAUCUCAUUUUCUUUUCUUCACUGCAAUUGUGAUGCUAGUUUGUGGACUCAGAAAGAUAAUCUGUAGCACGAUAAAGCAUUGUUAGUUUAUUUCUGUUCGCUUAUUGUAUCUGGCCUUGGGGCUCUGACGUUUUUUGAAAAAUGAAAUUGCGUGGUAUGGAUGAGAGAGUAUUUCUCAGCGGUCUAUUUUGAAUAGAAUUAUAUGAUCAAAUUGCUG